AAAUGGGUUUUAUUUGUAGGUUGAUAAUUUGUUUCAGAUAUGGUAAACCAGGGCAAUUGGGUGCUUUUCUUUUGAUUGUUUGCUUCUUUUGUUCAUUACUUUUGUGAUCCACUAAUGGAGUUAACCGAGGGAGUCUAUUUUCUGUGAUUUUUGUAGUUCAUAAAUGUUAGUGGAUGAUUGUUUUUUAAAUGCUCAAAAGAAAUUAUUGCUGGAAUGGGAAGUUUAUUUCAGAUGUUUUUGUAUGGUUUAGUGAAUGACAGUUGGUUGCUUAAAGUGCAUUUCGAUGGUAUAUGGUACAAUGUUAUUUCAUCCCCUUCAAACUCCAACUGCUACAUGAUGCAUAUAGCUGCAAGUAAAAAUAGUGAAUUUCUGCUGCAAUAAUUGCGGAAAUGAUCAGAAAUAUGAAAUACUGAUUUUUUGUGUCAUAAUCAGGUUGUAUGUGGGAGUUGAGAUAGUGAAAUAUGGCACAAACUGCACAUUCAAUAUAUUUUUCCCACGGUAAAAGUGUCAAAGUGCCAUGUAGAACAUCAGGACUUACUAGUAAUGAAAGGUUUCACAGGAGGCCAAUAGCUUAUUCUCAUUGCACAGUGCUAGUGAAAAUUCAAUCCGGUGGCAGAAAGUCAAGGUACUCCCAGUUAAUUAAGUUGAAUACAAAUUAUUCUACAUCAGAGUUAAGAUGUUCAAAUCAGCUGUCAAGAAGAAAAGAGGUGAAUUUCUCAUCGAAUAGCAGCAAUAGAAGAACAGCUAAGGCAGAAGAUUCAUCCGUAUUUUUGGUGCCUACCAUAUCAAAUAUCUUAGAACAAUGGAGCAAUUCACAGAUUGUGAAAGUAGUUGGACUGCUUGCAUGUGCAUACUUGGUGAUUCCAUCAGCCGGUGCUGUUGAUGCUCUAAAAACGUGCUCUUGCUUGUUAAAGGAGUGCAGGAUAGAACUUGCUAAGUGCAUUUCCAACCCUUCAUGUGCUGCAAAUGUUGCUUGCCUCCAGACCUGCAAUGAUAGGCCGGAUGAAACUGAAUGCCAGAUUAAAUGCGGGGACCUCUUUGAGAACAGCGUUGUAGAUGAAUUUAAUGAGUGCGCUGUCUCACGCAAGAAGUGUGUGCCUCAGAAAUCCGAUGUGGGGGAAUUUCCAGUCCCCAAUCCUGGUGUUCUUGUUGAAAACUUCAACAUUGCAGAUUUCAGUGGGAAGUGGUUCAUAAGUAGUGGCUUAAAUCCUACCUUUGACACUUUUAACUGCCAGCUACACGAAUUCCAUACAGAAGGUGGCAAACUGUUAGGGAAUUUGUCUUGGAGAAUACGAACACCAGAUGGUGGCUUUUUCACUCGAUCAACUAUGCAGAGAUUUGUGCAAGAUCCAAACCACCCUGGGAUUCUUUACAAUCAUGACAAUGAGUACCUUCACUAUCAAGAUGACUGGUAUAUUAUAUCAUCCAAAAUAGAGAACAAACAGGAUGAUUAUGUAUUUGUAUACUACCGGGGUAGGAAUGAUGCAUGGGAUGGGUAUGGCGGUGCCGUUGUCUACACAAGAAGUGCUGUUUUGCCUGAAAGCAUUGUACCUGAACUUGAAAGGGCAGCUAAAAACGUUGGGCGAGAUUUUAACAAAUUCAUCAAAACAGAUAAUACUUGUGGUCCAGAGCCUCCCCUUGUAGAAAGACUUGAAAAGAAAGUAGAGGAAGGAGAGCAGACCCUCAUAAGAGAAGUUGAACAGAUUGAAGGGGAGGUAGAGAAGGAGGUAGAGAGGGUUGAGAAGACUGAAAGGACCUUGUUUCAGAUGUUGGCAGAAGGUUUUAAAGAGCUGCAACAAGAUGAAGAAAACUUCUUAAGGGGGCUAAGUAAAGAAGAAAUGGAGCUGUUGAGCAAGUUGAAAAUGGAAGCAAGCGAAGUGGAGAAACUCUUCGGAGAAGCACUGCCACUUAGGAAACUAAGAUAGGUUUCACAAGUUCAAUAGUUAAAUGACAAUUUUUGUCAAAACUGUAUAGCGUAUAUUGCAAUAAGUGCGCACGGAUGCUUUCUCAGUUCAACAGAAA